UUAGACGUUAAUAUUGUAACAUUAUCAAGUAGUAACAUUAUUGUUUUUACAGAAAAUUACAUUUGCAUAUUUACAAAGGUGUCGCAAUUCUCUAUGUUAAAGAAGUAUUAAAAUAAGUAUUUAAUAUAAAAAUUACUCCGUAUUUAUUAAAAAAGCUAAAACAAAAGACUGGAGUUUUUAGAGCAACGUACACUCCGUUUCAACUUCCAACAUCAUAAGGGAAAUUAGAAAAAUUCGUUUCAAAAUAGAAAGGAAAUUAGAAAAGAGAACAAAAAUAAACAAAACAAUUGCUUAAAAAAAUCAAAAAAAUGAAUUGAUUAUACGGAAAACAAAAGCAAACGAAGAGAACUGAAGAAAAAGGAGAGGAGGAGAAAAAAGGAGGAGAAGAAAGGAGAAGAAGAGAAGAAAAAUUGAUAUAUGUAACAUCUUAGCCGACACUGUCUUACACUUCGUGGCUUCAGAUCUGAUCUGGGUUCUCUGAUUUUGCUGUAGGAGAGAGUACUAGAGUAGAAGCGCGCGUCGGGGAGGAGUCGGGUCGUCGGGAGGCAGAACUCUCAUCGAAAAAAUGUUGCCUGCAGCAGAAGCUUGCGGACCGACCUCACGCCGGACUGCCGGAGUUGACGUCGGGAAGAAAUCGCCUACUCCAGAGAACUUGGUCGCACGACGGAGGAGAACAACUAGCGGACUGCAGCAGUUGAGGCUUCCCUUCCGUACUAUCAGCGACGUCGGAGAGAAACCGCCGAAGUCCUUAUCAGGUUGCCGUUUUCUGCCCAAACCGAAGGAGGGCAAUCUCUUUCCCGUUCGUCGAGUUGCUGAAGUAAAAGAAGACCCAGCUGCGAAGAGAUGAAGACACGGGUGACUAAAAUAAAAAAUCGGGGGUAAAUCUGGAAACACGGACAAACAUGGUCUUAUUUAAGUAUAAAAAACAUUCAAGUCCUAUUUAGAUACAUUGAGUUUUUUUUUGGUCCUAUUUAGUACCAUUUCUCAAAACAAAAUGAUUCUCAAAAAUUCUUCCCAUUCGUUCCUCAGAAUCGUUGCUGUUGAGAGGGAUUUGAGCUCCACAAAGGCAUGUUCUUCAAUGCCUGUGCCCCCAAGCAUCUCAGCUCAAGCCUCUCUUCAACCCCAUGCAAACACCUCUUCCCCUUCAUCCUUUUUCGCCGCUGCUUUUCAUCUCCUCCCAAUCCUGUCGAAUCCGAUAAUAUUGAAACAUUAGUUCAACAUCCCCCGAAUUAUGACAUCAGAAGGGAACCCCCGAUUUCUGAUAAACUGUUUAAAUUCGCCCCACAGUCAGGUUUGCACAAGCAGGGCGACUCCACCUUUUAUUCUCUCAUCGAGAAGUACGCCAACUCCGGGGACUUCACGUCCCUUGAAAAGGUUUUUGAUAGGAUGAAACACCAGAAUAUAGUCUUUGUAGAGAAGAGUUUCAUUCUAGUGUUUAUGGCUUGUGGUAAAGCGCGCUUGCCUGAUAAAGCUAUUCAACUCUUUGGAAGAAUGGUGGAUAAAUUUCACUGUAGAGGGGCUGUUAGGUCCUUUAACACUGUUCUUAAUGUGAUUAUACAGUCCGGGUCAUACUACCAGGCCUUGAAGUUUUAUCAUGAUUUUGUAGAUAAGAGAAGGUUUUUGAUGCCAGAUGUCUUGACUUUCAAUUUGGUUGUUAAAGCAAUGUGUAAUUUAGGUAUGGUAGACAGUGCAGUAGAGUUGUUCAGGGAAAUGCCUGGGUGGGAAUGCAACCCAGAUGUAUAUACGUAUAACACUUUGAUGGAUGGGCUGUGUAAGGCGAAUAGGAUUGAAGAAGCUGUGACUUUGUUGGAUGAAAUGCAAAUGGAGGGCUGUUCUCCCAGUCUAUAUACUUUUAACGUUUUGAUCAAUGGGUUUUGUAAGAAGGGUGAUUUAGAACGAGCUGCGAAGCUUGUAGACAAUAUGUUUCUCAAAGGCUGUGUUCCUAAUGAAGUGACAUACAACACGCUGAUACACGGUUUGUGUCUCAAAGGGGAGAUGGAGAAGGCAAUUAGUUUGCUUCAUAGGAUGACUUCUAUCAAACAUGUACCUGAUGAUGUAACAUAUGGAACCAUCAUUGUUGGUCUUGUCAAGCAAGGGAAAGUCACCGAAGGUGACUACAUUUUGAAAGCAAUGGAGGAAAAGGGAUACCCUGUGAGCGCAUAUGCCUACUCUUCGUUAAUUAGCGGGUUUUUCAAGGAGGGGAAAUCUAAAGAGGCGUUGAAAAUAUGGAAGGAAAUGGUCGAUAAGGGGAUAAGGAAACCUGACACGGUUGUUUGUUCUGCUCUUAUAGAUGGCUUGUGCAGGGAAGGUAGACCUGAUGAAGCAAGGGAGAUACUUUUGCAUAUGAUUAAUAUGGAUUGCAUGCCAAAUGCUUUUAUAUAUAGCUCCCUGGUGAAGGGUUUUUUCAAAACGGGUAAAAGCAACGAGGCCUUGCGCGUGUGGAAAGAUAUGGUGGAUCGGAAUGUUGUACCUGAUGAAGUUUGUUACAGCGUAUUAAUCCACGGAUUGUGCAAGGAUGGUAAACUGAGAGAUGCUUUGAUGGUAUGGAAGAAGAUGAUGAGCAUUGGUCAGAAACCCGAAGUAGUGGCAUACACUUCUAUGAUAUACGUGCUAUGCAAUUCCGGGUCAAUCAGACAAGGACUUAAACUUUUCCAUGAGAGUGGAGAAUCUAGAAGUCAACCUAAUGUGGUUACAUACAACAUACUUUUUAAUGCUUUAUGCAAGCAGGAUAUGGUUUCACACGCCAUUGAUCUUUUGAAUAACAUGUUGGAUCGAGGGUGUGACCCCGAUUUGGUUACAUGUAACAUUUUCUUGAAAAGUAUGAAUGCGAAGUUGGAUCCACCCAAACGCGGGAGAGAGUUUUUGGAUGAGCUAGUGGUACGCUUACACAAGAGGCAGAGAAUUCUUGGGGCCUCAAAUAUUAUAGAAGUCAUGCUUCAAAAGGCUUUAUACCCUAAAUUAUCCACUUUGGAUAAAGUGGUCAGAGAACUAUUGAAAGAAAACAAGGUUUCACUAGCCAUCGACAAGUGCUGGAAUGACCUGUUCCUUUGACUACUCUAUGGGGUCAGAUGACUUAUUUUCUGGCAGCUUUCUAUAAAUGUUACACCGAGUUACCUUUUUAAAAUUAAUACUGGAAUGACAAUCAGAAUCGGUGAAGAUGGGCGGCAAUGGUGGAUGGAUUGGGUUCUGAAGGAAGAAGUUGCAGAUUGGAAGUGAAGGAUGAAUUGGGUUGUAAUGGUGAAGUGGAUGUAGAGGUCAGCGAAGUGAAAUUCGGGGGAAGAUGAGUGAGGGAAGAAAAGAAAGGGAGGCUGUUGCUGGCUGCUACCCGAAAAAUAAAAUAGGGAAAUACUCCCUAAUAUAUUAGGAAUUACUCCUAUAUUUUACUGCUAUUGACUUGUAUGACUACAUAGUCACUGUAAGUGCCGUCAUGGUCAAUGCAAAUUGGAACUACAUCAUGGUCACCAUGAAAGUAUAAGUAUAUAACAAUGGUCACUAGUCAUUACAUAUUUAAAGUAA